UUUACAAUGAAGAAUGAAGGACACGCAUCGUAUAUUGCGUGUUCAAGAAACAGAAAGCUCUCAAUCUCUCGAGGUUACAUCCGAUUUUGUCAACUUAUGACAGUUUUUCCUGAGAUUUUAUGUGAUUCCUUGUGAUAUUAUAAAAUACUCCUGUGAUACAACGAAAAUGCUAAACGAGUAUAACGGAGGAUUGCUAGAGAAGCUCGUAAAUUCUGUAAAAUCAAAUAUUUAACUUAUUAUUGUUGUUAUCAAUUUGCGUUUUGUCACCCAAUUGCCUCCGAGAUUAAUUUAUACGUAGCAUAACCGUUCGAUGAGGGCUAAUCUUCAGUUAUGUUGCUUGCCAUAUCGAUUGCGGCGGAAAAAAAUGCGCAUUGAGGUGUCAAACAAAUUUUCGCCAUUACAAGAAGCUCGGUAGAGUUUAAGAGGAAGUGUGACAUCGCGACCUGUCGCCGCGACAUCCUCGUCGAGAACACAAGAAAAUCGUUCUAUCUUCAAAGAACGGAGCGGAAUCAUGGCUGUGUCAAUAAACGAAAUUUGCGAGAACACGAAGCUGGCGCGAGAAAUGGCACUGAUGGGCAACUACGACUCGUCCGGUGUCUACUACCAGGGAGUUGUGCAGCAGAUACACAGGCUGCUUGCGACCAUAGCGGAUGCGACUCGCAAGGCAAAGUGGCAGGUGGUCCAGCACCAGAUCGUCGAGGAAUUCGAGAAGGUCAAGGCCACGUCCAAUACGUUGCAACUCUUCAAAGUGGACACCCAUGGCGAGAGGCUGCUUGGAACUUCCUGCCUGUCAUUUGAGGAACCGACACGAGAUCCUGCUCUUUGGUCUUACAACAAUUCAGAUUCCUCCUGGAAUCAUACACCAGCCAGGGAUCCCGAUGUGUGGCCUCCCUUAACUCCAGCAGAACAGAAAAAUUCAAGACAGCAGAAAAUUCAACAGAAACAGCAAAAUCGAACAAAUAUUAGAAAAUCUGUUGCCACAGCUAAAAAACCAGAUAGUAAGGUUACUGGUAAAAAGGAUGAUAAGAAAACUGCAAAGAAAGAUGAUGCAAGCAAGGAUAAGUCAGAGACGGAAAAAGAGGAUGUUGAACUAGAAGAACGUAAAUUUGAGCCUUCUUCUACUGAUAGAGAUCUUGUAGAAAUAUUAGAAAGAGACAUUGUUCAAAAGAAUCCAAAUAUCCACUGGGACGAUAUAGCUGAUUUGCAUGAAGCAAAGCGAUUGCUGGAAGAAGCAGUUGUGCUUCCAAUGUGGAUGCCAGAUUUUUUCAAGGGAAUUAGGCGACCUUGGAAGGGAGUACUAAUGGUUGGGCCACCAGGCACGGGCAAGACUAUGCUCGCAAAGGCUGUUGCAACAGAGUGUGGCACAACGUUUUUCAAUGUCUCGUCUUCUACAUUGACGUCAAAAUAUAGAGGCGAAUCGGAGAAACUCGUUCGAUUGUUAUUUGAGAUGGCCAGAUUUUAUGCGCCCAGUACGAUUUUUAUCGACGAAAUUGAUUCUCUGUGCUCUAGAAGAGGAUCUGAAUCUGAACACGAAGCUUCACGCCGUGUAAAAUCUGAACUUCUUGUUCAAAUGGAUGGAAUAAGCUCUAAUAGUGAAGACCCAGGUAAAGUAGUGAUGGUACUAGCAGCAACAAAUUUUCCAUGGGAUAUUGACGAGGCUCUUAGAAGACGCUUAGAAAAACGUAUCUACAUUCCACUGCCCAAUCACGAAGGCAGAGAGGCAUUAUUACGGAUAAACCUUCGUGAAGUUAAAGUAGAUUCAUCUGUAAAUUUAACAGAUAUUGCAAGAAAACUCGAGGGUUAUUCUGGUGCAGAUAUUACGAAUGUUUGCAGGGAUGCUUCCAUGAUGCUAAUGCGUAAGAAAAUAGCAGGUCUAAGGCCCGAUCAGAUUAGGCAAUUGCCUAAGGAAGAAUUGGAUUUGCCUGUAUCCGCCGCAGAUUUCGACGAAGCUGUUGAGAGAUGUAACAAGAGCGUUUCCCAAGAGGAUUUGGAAAAAUAUGAAAAAUGGAUGAGCGAAUUUGGUUCUUCUUGAUAUCAUUCCCUCAAGAAAUUAUAACUUAGUGCAUCAGCAAGCGAUGUCAAUCUUGAUUACAGUUAAUGUUAUUAAUAUGUUUAACAUAUUCACAAAAACCAGGGAGCUUCUUAAUCCUUUGCGACUCUUAAAUGACUAGUUCUCUGCACUUGAGAAAAAUCAAAUUGGAAAAUAAGACUGUACGAUAGGAACAUAAUGAGAUAAAAGUUGAGUAAUAUUUCUAAUCUCAACUGUAACACUAAAGACUUAACUGACAGUAACAAAGUAGUCGUAUAUAUAAAUAACUCGAUAAUAUAUUCCAUUAAGUCUAAAUGUAAAUCUAUUCGUAAUAAUACAAUUAUUAAAACAA